AUGUCUGCUGUUUUCAGUAAUUCAACACUUUCUGAACUUUUGAGGGAUGACUCCUUCUCAAAGACUUUGCAAAAUGUCAUAACCUCUCAACCACAAUUAAAUGUUAUGGAACAAUACUGGGCCGCUUGGUAUACUUACAUGAGCAAUGAUAUCCUAGCUACCGGUUUGAUGUUCUUUUUAUUGCAUGAAUUCACCUACUUUGCUAGAUGUUUACCAUGGUUCGUCAUAGAUCAAAUCCCAUACUUCAGAAGAUGGAAGAUUCAACCAACUAAAAUCCCAUCUGCUAAGGAACAAUGGCACUGUUUCAAAUCUGUCGUCUUAUCCCAUUUCUUAGUCGAAGCCAUCCCAAUCUGGACUUUCCACCCAAUGUGUGAAAAAUUAGGUAUCUCUGUUCAAGUUCCAUUCCCAACUCUAAAGAGAAUGACUUUGGAAAUUGGUUUAUUCUUUGCUUUAGAAGAUAUGUGGCAUUACUGGGCUCACCGUUUAUUCCAUUACGGUGUCUUUUACAAGUACAUUCACAAGCAACAUCAUAGAUACGCUGCUCCAUUCGGUUUAUCUGCUGAAUAUGCUCAUCCAGCUGAAACUUUAUCCUUAGGUUUCGGUACCGUUGGUAUGCCAAUUCUAUACGUUUUAUACACUGGUAAAUUACAUUUGUUCACUUUAUCCUUAUGGGUUGUUUUAAGAUUAUUCCAAGCCGUUGACUCUCACUCUGGUUACGAUUUCCCAUGGUCUUUGAACAAGUUCUUACCAUUCUGGGCCGGUGCUGAACAUCACGAUUUACAUCACCACUACUUCAUUGGUAACUACGCUUCUUCUUUCAGAUGGUGGGAUUUCUGUUUGGACACUGAAGCUGGUCCAGAAGCUAAGGCUGCUAGAGAAGAAAGAAUGAAGAAGAAUGCUGAACAAAACGCUAAGAAGGCUAACUAA